AUGGAGAUUCCGGCCAAAUUGCCGUUCUCCAAGCGCCGGCUCCGACCGAGAGUCGUCAUUUCCUAUAUCUUCGACUACGUGAUUAUCAUCGCCUGCGUCAUCGGCUUCUGGAUUCUAGACUCGAUUGAACCCUACCAUCAACACUUCUCCCUCACAAAUAUCUCCCUCCAGUAUCCCUACGCCGUCCAUGAACGAAUUCCCAUCUACUACGCUCUCUGUAUAUCCGGCGCUUUUCCUCUCGUGCUCAUCAUCAUCUAUACCCUCUUCAUCGAUGGGCUAUUCUCACACAACAAGCCGCAGGACCCAGUGUCGGGGAAGCGCAAGCUUCGGGGUCCCUGGAGAUGGAAGGAUCGCCUCUGGGAGAUGAACUGUGGAAUACUGGGCCUGUUGUUGUCACAAGGAUUGGCCUUUGUGAUCACUCAGGUGCUGAAGAACGCCUGCGGCAAGCCCCGGCCCGACUUGAUCGAUCGGUGCCAACCUAUCAGUGGAAGCCUUGAUAUGGUGACAUACGGCUUGUCUAACUCGACGAUCUGCACUGGAGAUCCGAAAAUUAUUAAGGAUGGGUUCCGUUCGUGGCCAUCAGGUCACAGUAGCUCCUCUUUCGCAGGACUAUUCUAUACUUCUCUGUGGCUGGGUGGAAAGCUCCAUAUCAUGGACAACCGCGGCGAGGCCUGGAAGAGUCUUUUGGUCAUGGUGCCCAUCCUUGCGGCAACCCUUGUUGCCGUGUCUCGGAUUAUGGAUGCCCGCCAUCACCCUUUCGACGUCAUCACCGGCUCUCUCCUAGGAGUUGUCUGCGCCGUUGUUUCUUACCGCCAAUACUUCCCUCCACUCACUGAGGCCUGGCGCAAGGGUCGAGCCUAUCCGAUCCGUACCUGGGGCACUGAGCCGCUCCGUCCGGUGGAUGCUAAAUUGACCGCGUUCAACAAUGAUAGCACCUCUGCCCUUCGCAACGCCGAACAAGACCGCUUGAACCCACCAACUGGAAUCGAGCGAUCCAUAUCGCCCUCGGGUCACCCCGUUCCCCAUGGUGCUUCGGGAUAUGCUGUCCCGAGUAACCCUUUCGCCUCUCAGGUGUAUCCUCGUCGUCGACAUGAUCAGGAUCCCGAUGGAAACUGGUCAUCGAGCGAGGAUGACGUCGGGAAUGGGUAUGAGAUGCAGCAUGGCUAUGCGAUGGCCCAAAAUCCCAGUGCGGGUCGAGGGUACUCACCUCCUUUUGACACGAAUACUGCGUAUCAGUCGCAGACCCAUGCUGUUUCUGGGAACGCUAUGCACCCACCUCAAGAGGCUAGCCGAGGGCGACAAUUGACUGACACGCCGCUUCGCGAUGUUUAG